UCGAUUAAACAGCCUUCAUAGAGAAGGAGGAGGCAGCUGGACAGGACUCAGUAGAAGUAUUACUGUGGUCACCUCCUUUUUAUAAAUUCCUGGGGUAACACGGAGAAUAUUAUAGAUUCAUAUCGCCGUACAGGCCUGACUCGACUAGUCAAUAACGUCACUAAAUUAGCGAACCUCGGAAGUUGUCCUUUAAACGUUCUAGGAGAGAGGAGCUGAGAAACAACACCAACAGUCUAUAGUGUGACCUGUAUCUUCUGACCUGUCCAUCAGGCCUCUCAAGUGUCUUGUUGUAGUGGAGGUCCAGGAGGAAAGACAGGCAGGACACAGGAUGCCUCUGUUCUUCAAGAAGAGGAAGCCCAGCGAGGACUGCCAGAAGAGACUGGAAUAUCAGCUGUGCCGGUCUAAGGAAGCAGGUGCUGAUGACAUCCUGGACAUCUCAUCCUGUGAGCUCUCAGAGGUCCCCUCAAGUGCCUUUUCCAUUUGCAAGGUGCUACAGAAGAAGGUUCUUAUCCUCCAUAACAAUGAGCUGAGAAAUCUCCUGCCCAAAGGGUGUGACAUCAGCACUCUCUCCACUUUAAAGGUAUUGGAUCUGCAUGAGAACAAGCUUACUUCUCUCCCAGAGGACAUUGGGAAGCUGGUGGCACUGCAGAUUCUUAAUGUGGAGAAGAACCGUUUGAAAACCCUACCGGAAUCUAUUGGGAAUCUGCAGCUCCUGCAGACACUCAAUUUGAAAGGGAACAGUCUCAGUGAGCUGCCGUCCUCAGUUGGUUCUUUGAGCAGCCUGCGCACCCUGGACCUGAGUGACAACAACAUUGGUCAGCUUCCCAAAGCUCUGGCCUAUAUCCGCACAUUAGAGAGCUUUACUCUUGAUGCUGCCAUGAUGUCCUACCCACCUGCAUCUGUGUGUGCAGAAGGAACAGAGAGCAUCCAACGCUUUUUAUGCACUGAGCUGGGAGAAGAGUACUGCCCACCAUCUCAGUAUCUCCUGCCGGUGCUGGAGAGCGAUUGUUGCAAACAGAGCUCUGACUGUUUGGAUGGCUUGGAGGAGGCCUGGCAGAACAAAUUCAGUGACUAUGAGAAGAGAAAGGUGCAGAAACAGCAGGAAAAGUUGGCCUUUGAGCGUCAUCGGGAGGAAAAGCAAAAUGAGCACACCCAGCUUCUACUCAUGAAUAGUUCCCACAAGGAAAACAUCCUCAACUCAGUCCGACAGGAGCAGGAGCGUAUGGAGCUGGGCGUCAGUCAGCAGCAGAGGGCUCAGGAGGCCGAGAGGCUACUGGUGCUGGAGAAAGUCCGGCAAGCUGAAAACAACAUCACCACUCGCAUCAGCAGCAUGCUGAUGGACAACAACAGGCAGAAAAAGAGUGCAGAGUUUCUCCAAUCCAUGGAGGAAGAUCGGAUCCGUAUGGAGCAUCUGACUGCCAUCACACAAGAAGAGGCCAAUUCACUGAGGAAGAGGGAAGUGGCAGCGGCCAUGCAGAAGAUGCUGUCAGACAGCUGUGCGAUGAGCAUCUUCCAAGAGGCCAGUGACUGUCGCAGAAGGAGCCUGGUGUCUGAGGCCUGCAGGAGUAUGGAGAGUUUGGACAGGAAAUUUGACAAGAUGCUGUCCCUCCAAGUGUUAGACAAAUCUAAAGCCAUUGCCCAUAUCUUACAGGAGGAGGAGAUGCAGAAAGCGGCAUUCCAGGCCCUGCAGCUGCAGAAAGAUGCUGUACAUGGCUACAUUCGCAACCAGAUCAAGCUCAUAGAGGGUGAAUUAAUGCAGCUGACUAAACUGGAGAUUAAAAGACGCAAUCUGGAUGCUGAGAACCUGCAGGAGGUUCUGGUGGACCAGCGCACAGCUCUCAGUGACUUACUGCAGCAGCUGCUGAAGCAGAGGGACCAGAGAGAGCAGGAACUCCGGCAGGUUCUGGCGGAGAUGGAGCUGAAGUCUGAGUCCAACCAACAGAACUACUGGAUGAUACAAUACCAGAGACUGUUGGAUGCUAAGCCCCUGACACUACGCAUGCAGGAGGCUGGUGUGGAGAAGGAUUUGGUCAACCUGCUGUGCAGACUGUCGGCGCAGCACUACCUGCCCAUUCUGGCCCAUCAUCGAGUGACAACUGAAGCGCUUCGCCACAUGAAGUCCUCUGACCUCAAGAAGCUUGGCAUUAGUGAAGUAGGAAUCCAGAAAGCUCUCCUGAACUGGGCCCGGGAACGCCAACCUGAAGCAGGAGCUUGUAAGGCUGUCGAAACGGAGGAGGAAGCAGAAGUCGUAGCUCCCUCAGCUCCUUCCCCAUCCUUACCUUCUCCUCUUCCCACCACCUCGAGCAUCCAGAUGCCCAGCCCGCCGCUCACCCCAGGGACCCCCGUCACCCCCUCUGCACCCACUCCUGUUGAGGGACCAGGGAGCUCUGAGUGUGUGGUCUGCAUGGAGACUGGGUCUCAGGUCAUCUUCCUGCCAUGCGGUCAUGUAUGCUGUUGUCAGGUCUGUAGCGACGCGCUGCAGAACUGCCCUCUGUGUCGCAGCAACAUAUCCCAACGCAUACGCCUCUACCACAACUAGAGGCGACUGCAUCACUGUGCUCCUCCUUCACCGACCACCACUUUCUCCAUUUAUGCAUGAUCAUAAAGCUGCUGUGAGGAAACUUUGUCAUGUAUAAAAAAAAAAAGCUUAUAGCAGGUUUUUAAAGCGCUGAGCCACUUUCCUGUAUUAACCAAAUAGUUGUUCGUGAUGUAAAUGCAGCAACAACUUUGAGUAAUAAUCUUUUUAAUUGUGUUGCGUUUUUAGUUGUCUGUGAUGUACGAGCCUGGUUUGUUUUGCGUUCUUUUUUAAUUUUUUAUUUGUGUUACAUAUUAAGAGCUGAGUGGAUGACACCACUCACUGGUUAAAGACCGACUGUUCUUUGCCUUAGCAUACCUUCUCAAUUGAUGUGUGCCUUUUUCUGGAAAUCUCUUUUGUUUACGUGAUUCAGUUUGUCUUUGUUGUCAUUCAAAAAUGGCACAAGUCCAACAUUUUUAAAAGUUAACAAAAAUAUAAUCUAUUGAUUGUUGCUUUUUGCUGCCAUUGCUGGUUGCUAUCACUAAUGCUGUUGCACUUCAAUCCAAUACUCAAGUCAUCAUGCCCUCACUGUCAGUGACUUCUUUCACUUCCCCUCCAGGGCCAUCUGGGCCUGAUGCAAUCACUUAUCUAGCCUUUAUAUGAGUAAAUUAUAUACCACUGCAUAUCAAGACCAUUUAAUAGGAAACCAAAUUGUGAUCAGAACAGAAACCAGCUGCUGGACCACUAUUUUAAUCCUCACUUUCUCACACUCUGUGGGAAUCUGACGCAGAAAGAAACGUUUUCAUUUGUACCAUGAAAGCACAAUGUCACUUGAUGUAAUGAACGUCAUAAAGUUGAGCUCCACCAACUCUUACCGUUUCAGUUCUACUCAGACUCUUGUUGCUUGUAGCUUUUUUAAAGAUGUGCUUACCCAAAGGACAAGAUUUAAUUAUUGUUGACAUUGUGUCAUUUUAUUUUUUAUUUACAGUUAAGCAGAAUAUACUGAUAUUUCUGUCUUUACCAGUAGUCUGGUGUUAUACUAUCAAAACUGAUGCAAAGCUUUGUCAUAUGUUAUGAAACCCCGGAUAGAAAUUCUAGAAGCAACAUUGUAGUUUCCAGUUUAACCUGAUGGAGACAGUGUUGUUUCACAUUUCUAACUUACUGUUACAGUAACAUGAUGGAGCUGCAGCUGGUUGCAGGUUUAGCUCAGAGAAGCAUUUUCUUUCAUAUUAAAGAGUUUUAGUGACAAAAGCUCUCCAGAUAAAAAUGUACCCGAGAAAUGAGUUUUCAUGCCAAUUGUGAACCAAGUCAUUUGAAAGCUGACGUGUCAAUGACAGAGGGAUUCGGAACAUAUCAGACAAUCACAACAAUCAGCAUAUGUUCAAUAAGUCUCCCAAGACAAAUUGGGACUCAUAGAAUCUUCUAUUUCCCUCAUCUGCCUCACUCCUGCUGUUGCCGUGUGUCCGGACAAGUAGCUUAUAAGGAAAACUUUGGCGUUUGCCUGCUGGGCCUCGGCUGCAUUAAUAGAAACAGAGGAGCGACAACUUUGAAAUGCUGUAAAAGACCUCAGUUUGGAUUAGAACCCCCUCAGCUGCAAACCUCUCACCAAACCACUAGAGGUUCUUCGGUUGUCCAUCCACACCUGACCACCAAACAGUGGAGCAGGGUGUGUGCUUUGUGCAACAUCCAGACUGCAGUAACCCCCAUCAUGCAACUGUGAUCAGUGAUUACUGCGCUGACUGAUUUGAGUUUGGUAGGUCUCAGAGCAUGAGAACUUCUAGAAGGUUGUGUGGAAGAUAAGACGGUAGAUAGAGGAAAUAAUGCAUCAGUGUGACCUGGAAAAUGCUUUAAAAAGGUUCUAACAGCUGUAAAAAAAAAACUGGGAAGUUUCAUAAACAAUGAGCAUAUUUUUUAUAUUUGUUGUUCAUACUAUGCACAGUGCAUUUGAUUGUUUAAGGUGUCAUUUAGUGGCAUUAUGGGAAAUGUAGCUGUUUUUGGAGCUUGACAUAUAUGAGGGAGUAAAGGUCACAAUAUCUGCUGCUGCCAUUUUGACAAUUUUCUCUUCUUCCUGUGACUCCGUCUUUAUGAAAGUGCAAUACUAAAUUGGUGAAGUAUCCCUUUGAAACUAGGUUUUGACACAGUGAGCCUCUUUCAGCUCUGAUAAUAAAGCAGGACCCACAUUGUUCUCUUGUCAUUACAGGCAACAUUGUGCUUUAGUGGUGCACAAAUUCCUAAACCUCUAGACUAUAUUACAACUAAUCAAAUGACCACAAACUGUUUGCUAAAUGGUCGUCCAGCCUUUGGUAUCUCCUUAGUCUCUUGUCUAUUUGUCUCUGACAUAUCUUUGGAUCCCGCUCUCUUUUUUAGUUGCUGUUUACUGUACAUUGUAUAUGUAUGACCUAACAACGCAUCACCUGUCUGUAGUGUUACUAAUGCUGUUAUAGUCUACCAAGUGCUCUUAACUUUUCAGCAUGUUUCAGGAAAUAUUACUAACUGUAAAUGAUUCAGUUUGAUGUUGUAAGAGAUUUCACUUCACUGUAAAGCUGACACUUCAUGUCAUCAGAUAAAAUGAGAUAAAACACA